AUGUACAAAAAAACGGGUCGGAUCGAUGAUAUGAUGAGACUGAUGGAAAAAUAUCAUGUCGACGAUGUUAAGGAUGCUCAUCUUCAAAUCGCAGCUGAUUUAGAGGAGAAAGGCGAUUUAAGGGCGGCAGAAGAGCAUUAUUUAUUUGCUGGUGAUUGGAAAGGAGCGGUCAACAUGUAUCGUAAUGCCGAAAUAUGGAACGAUGCGUACAGAAUUGCAAAGCAAGAAGGCGGCGACAUAGCGCAAAAACAGGCACAACAUUUUUUUAUUUGUCCCAUAGAAAAAUGCUUCCAAAGAGCUUUCGAUUUUGCAUUUGAUUUAUGUCGUUUGGAAGCAAAAAAUCGUCUACCAUCGGUGCAUUUCAAGUUAGCACAACAGCUGGAAGAGGAAGGUGAAUUUGAAAAGGCUGAAAUGCAUUACAUGGAAGGUGGAAAGCCGAAAGAAGCCGUACUGAUGUAUAUCCAUGAUCAAGAUUGGGAAAAUGCAGAACGUGUUGCAAAACAGUAUAGUCCAGAAGCAUUAUCUGAUGUAUACAUUCGUCAAGCCCGAAUGGCAAUCGAGCACAAAGAUUUUACAUGUGCCGAAAGUUGCUUGCUUCGUGCCAAUCGUCCCGAAAUAAUUCUACGCUACUAUAAAGAAUCGGAAAUGUGGCAAGAUGCUAUUCGUAUUGCUAGAGAGUAUAUGCCUACAGAAUUACAACAGUUAGAAGCAGAAUUUGAUGAAGUUCAGUUAAAAUCUGGCGCAAAAGGUAUUUUAUCAUUUAUUGCUCAAGCACGAGAUUGGGAAGCUCAGGGAGAAUAUGUUCGAGCCAUACAGUGCUAUCUGAAGGUGAAGGAUUCAGAAACAGCUGAUACCGAUACAAUUGUAAAUGCUUUAAAACGGGCAGGAGAAUUAGCGGUAAAAUUUCUCUCGGUCGAUGAAACUUCUGCAAUAGUGGAUGAAAUUGCGGAAAUUUUCAUUCACUUGAAAAGAUUCAUCGAAGCAGCCGAACUAUUUUUGGCUUCAAAUCAACCGGAUAAUGCUGUUAAAGCCUUCUUGCUUGGGGGACAAUGGGCGAAAGCUAAAAAGUUGGCUGUGGAAUUCGUUCCGGAUUUGGUAGAUUUUGUGGAUGAAAAGUAUAGAGAAUCAUUAAAACAACAAGGUCGAUUAGGAGAAUUAAUGGACGUCGAUGUAAUUAGUGCUAUUGAUGCAUUGUUGGAACGGGGUGAGUGGGAAAGAGCUCUUGAAAUAGUUCGCCAACAGAAACAUCAGCUCUUGUUGGACAAAUAUGUAGCGUUAUAUGCAACCGAAUUGAUCAAAGAAAAAAGAUAUGCCGAAGCAACUGCUAUAUUCGAAAAAUAUGGAGCAUCCUCAAACCCGAACAAUUUCAACAUCUAUCAAAAACUUGUUGAAGAAGUUAUCAAUGUACGUAACAUGGACAAUCCAAACGUUUAUGGAAGGUGGGCAACGCUACGAAAUGUGCUUCUUAUGGUGUGUGAUGGUAUGAAUAGCAAGGAAAUGAAAGAGGUAAGGUCAUAUUUAUUGCGUACCGUUGAAAACAGUACACUCUAUCCUCAACAUUAG